AUGGAGGAAAUUAAAUAUGCUGUUUGGUCGUGCUGUAAUGAUCGCGCGCUGGGGCCGGAUGGUUUCUCUUUUCGAUUUAUAAAAAAGUAUUGGGAAAUUAUGAAAGAUGAUGUAUGUGGUUUUGUAGAUGAGUUCUUUCAAAUUGGUUCUAUACCUGAUGGAUCGAACAUAUUGGCUAGUAUUAUUGAUGAUCUUGUUAGCCUAGAGCAGUCUGCUUUUGUGAAAGGUAGGCAAAUUCUUGAUGGUCCGUUCUUGGUGAAUGAAGUUAUAGAUUGGUUCAAAAGAAAGAAAAAGAAGUUAAUGGUGUUAAAGGUGGAAUUUGAUAAGGCUUAUGAUUAUGUGAGUUGGCAUUAUUUAUUGAAUAUUAUGGAGUAUAUGGGAUUUUAUCAUAAAUGUCUUAGAUGGAUUCUUACUUGUCUAGAGUCUUCUUGUGCUUCUGUUCUUUUAAAUGCAAUUCCUACAAAGGAAUUUAAAUUGAAGAGAGGCUUGCAUGAUGUGAUGGAGAAGGCUACUGGUGAUAGUAUUUACCAAGGUGCGAAUGUUGAUGACAAGGUGUCUGGGUUAAGAAUUAAUUUACAUAAUUCAAAUUUGUAUGGUGUGGGUUCGACAUUGCAUGAUGUGGAAGAGUUGGUUGUGCUUACAGGUUACUCGGCUGCUCAAAUGUCGUUUUCUUACCUUGGAGUGGCAGUGGGAAAAACAUAG